AUGGCUUUGCGCGCGUUUCGCCGCACUGUAAGUUUGGAUGUUUCCCAGCUGGCUGUAACUAAUGACCGUAAGAAAGUCUGCGAGCUUAUUGUAAACCAUUUUGCGAACCAUAAGAUUCACGCCGUACAAUUCGUGGGUACAGCUGCUAAAGUAACCUUUGCUGUUGAAGCCAGCAAGCAAGAGGUUAUAAACCAUCAGGCCAUUAACAUUAGUGGUGUUCAGUGCGCGGUUAGGGGUGGUGGUCCCCGCGCUCAAAAUGUGCUUAUUUAUAAUUAUCCUGUUGAGGGGUCUGAAGAAUCUAUUCGUCGUGUUUUGGGGGCUUAUGGGGUUAUUGAGAGAAUCUCUUUUCGUCAUUGGACCCAUUUGACCGAUGUUAGUGAUGGGGUGCGUGUUGUGCGUAUGACCCGCCGCCUGGCUAUUCCACGUAAUUUGUCUAUUGCUGAGGUUAAUGUCAAAGUUGCCUAUGCCGGUCAACAGCAGGUAUGUGAUCUGUGCCAUGCGCCUGGUCACAUUGCGCGAGCUUGUCCCCUUCGUGAUAAGUGUUUUCAAUGUGGGCUUGAGGGCCAUUUCUCACGUGACUGUCCUCAGCGGGUUGGCUAUCGUGACCGUGAUGCUGUGCUGGAUCCAUCCGAUCCCACCCCUGCGGAGGCUGCUGGUCGUUCUGCUGUCAGAAACGAUCCACCCGUGACUGGUACUGUGCCCGACGGUGAUGCCGGCUCCCUAGAUGGGGUGUCCGUUUCUUCUGCUGUUGCUGCUGCUGGUCCUACCUCAGUCUCCCAACCAGAUGCUGACCUCGACUCUGUGUCUGAUGAUGACCUCACCCCCUCCGUGGAUCCUACUCCAUCUGGUUCGUCGUCUAUGGACUGCCGUGAUAACCAACUCGAUGAGUUAAGCAGCCAGCCCCUUUUCACCCCUUCUGCUUCGUCUGUUGCUGACCCCGAUUCGCUGCAGGGGGUGACCAUUGAUUCGGCGUGUCCUGACUCUUUUGUUUCCCCUCCCCCCCUGGCCAGGGCUCUCUUCACAGCGCGUCUAAUCUUGGGUUGUUAGAUAAACUUAAAUCUAGAGUUGGUCUUAAUAAAAAGAAAGUUAAUUCUAGUGAUAAUAAUAGUUCUAGCAGCAAUAAUGAUAUUAGUAAUGGCAAUAAGAAUGGGAAUAAACAUAGUGAUAAUGACAAGAGUACUACCAAUAAGAAUGGAAAUAUACAUAGUGAUAAUGACAAGAGUAUUACUAAUAAGAAUGGAAAUAUACAUAGUGAUAAUGGAAAGUUACAUAAUAGUAAAGAAAGUGAUAUUAACGAUAAUGUAGAGUAUAUUGGCCAGGGUGUUCUCGCUGGUCGGGAAAACAACAGUGAGAUGGAAUUGGCGGUUGAUUCACAAAAACGGUCACACCCUGAUUCCGAUUCUGUUGAUUCGGUUGAUAGUGUUUCUUUUGCUAUGCCCAAGGUGCUCCCUCCUCGCUCUUCUAAAAAGAAGCCGGCUGUUGUUGUUUCCCCGGGCACUUCCAGGCCCGUUGCUGUCGAUCACGACCACGAUCGUAGUCGCAGUCGAUCUCCUAAGCGUUCCUCUUCGGCUAGUCGGCCUCCCUCCUUUGGUUCACAUGCUCUGCCUCCUAGCAUUGGUUAUGUUCCGAAGCCUCCUAGGAGCUCUGGUGGAUCUCGUAACUCCAAGGCGAAGUAACCUCCCUCUUUCUUCAUGGCUCUAGCAAUAAUACAACUAAACACAAACGGUAUUAGGAAUCCUGACAAGCGUGCGGUCUUUUGCAGUGGUUGCGUUCCCUUUCUGUAGUCCCGGAUGUUGUGUGUCUCCAAGAGACUCACUGCGUUAGUGAUGUUGAGUGUCAGUCUUGGUUUCGUUCCUCUGGCUUUCAUUGUGUUGUGUCCCCUGGAUCUCAAAAGUCGUGUGGUUGUAUUAUUCUUUUUCGUCCUUGUCUGUCCCUUGUGAAUUUUUCGUCUGAUGAUUCCGGUCGCUUCGUGUUGUGUGAGUUCCGUUUUCAAGGCAAAUUGUUUCGUGUUGUUUCUUUGUAUGCGCCCAAUCGUAACCCUGCAAGGGACCAGUUUCUUGAUCAAGUUUCUUCUUGGGUCGACCCAGCCGUGCCCACUGUCAUAUGUGGCGAUUUCAACACGGUUUUUGACCGUUCACUUGACCGUACUGGAUCUGUAGUUUCUGACACCUCCAGAGAGAGUACUUCCAUUCUCUCUCGUCUGUUUGAUGAUUGCUGUGUCAUUGAUAUCUGGCGAUAUCUACAUCCCUCUUCCUCAGGUUACACUUGGAUGCACCCGGAUGGCUCUGUCUUCUCUCGUAUCGAUCUCGUUGGCUGUCCGUAUGUGUGGGUCCCCUCUGUCUCGUCGUGUGAAAUUGUUCCGUGUCCCUUCUCUGACCAUUGUGCUGUCCUUUUGUGUGUUGCUGUACCGGAUGUUGUUCCCCCGGGUCCCGGGUUGUGGAAACUAAACACCUCUAUCCUGGAGGAGUCGGAUUAUGUCCGCCAAAUUGAAAAUCUUUGGUCCCGCUGGCGUGACCAGAAGGAGCGUUUCCCCUCCUUAGCUAAGUGGUAG